UCGUGCUCCUCUCCUUCUCCCUUUCUCUCUCUCUAUCUCUGCUGAGUUAGAGAAGCAAAAUUCAGUAAUGGAGUUCAGUCUCAGCGGAAACCCUCUCAAGACCUUUUCUCGGUCCAUCACUUGCCUCGCUCGUGUCGGCAACGAGCUUGUUCUUCGAGCUUCUCCUUCUCAGCUGGCUCUUCACACACUUAAUUCAUCGCGAUCUGCCUAUCAGUCUAUUUUAUUCAAGCCUUCUUUCUUUGAUGUUUAUACAGUUUCUGGUUCACAAAUCCAAUGUAGUGUACUUUUGAAGGCCAUUUGUUCUGUUCUCAGGACACCGAUUGCAAGUAUUGAUAAUCUGACUGUGCAGUUGCUCGAUCCCGAUGCAUCAAAAGUGAAAUGGACACUGGAAUGUUGUAGUGGGAUGAAAAAAGCAUAUUGGAUUACUUGCAAUGUUGAACCAGAUAUACAACAUUUGUCUCUUGAUAGGAGGAAAUUCCCUAGUAGCUUUAUAGUUAGGCCUCAUGAUCUGAGUAGAUUGCUUGGAAACUUCCAAUCAUCUCUUCAGGAGAUUACCAUCAUCGCAACAGAGCCAACUUCCUUACCUUCAGAUGUUGCAGGUGAAAUCGGUGGAAAAGCUGUGGAACUUAGAAGUUAUGUAGAUCCAAGCAAAGAAAAUGACUCCUUGUUGCACACUCAACUCUGGAUAGAUCCUUCAGAAGAAUUUGUGCACUAUACUCACACUGGCGACCCUGUGGACGUUACUUUUGGUAUGAAGGAGUUGAAGGCAUUUCUUUCUUUCUGCGAGAGCUGCGAGGUUGACAUUCACCUAUUUUUUGAAAAGGCUGGCGAUCAAAUGCUGGAACAUUUAAUCAUGAAGUGGACCCAUCUUAAAAUUUCAGUUACUUAUCUACCUUGGCCGAUACUAAUGGCACCGAAAUUUGGUUUAGACGAUGGGGCUGGUUCAAACUUUGAUGCUACGCUUGUACUUGCAACCAUGCUUGUAUCACAGCUCCAUCAAGGCAAUCCUUCAGAACCACCACAAGCUGCUGCUGCUGCUGCUGAAAGGAUGGGAUCUCAAGCGCCGGAAGAGAGGUGUAGGAUAAAUGUUCCUGAGCAUCCAUCUGACCACACCAGAAUUUGGUCUGAGCUUUCAGGGAGUGUAGUUAGAAGUGGCAGUAGUGUCGAGGAGAGGCUGGCUCAAGGGGAAAGAAAUCUUAAUUCUGGUGAACAGGGGGAAAUUCAAAGGAUUGGUGCAAUGCGAAUAUCAAAAGACAGAUCUGUUACAGAAGAUAUUCCUGGGAGGUCUACAGUUAAUGACCAUGGCUUCUCACAGCGUCAUCCAAGUAACUGGGUCGAUGCAGAUGAGGAUGAUGACGAUGACAAUGGAGAUGAGAAUGGACUCUGUGUCCAGUCAACACCGCCAUACUAUGAAGAACACUAGUGGUAGAAAGUUGUUAAGAAAUUGUCUUACCACAUAAUGUUUAAUUUUGAUGGUAACUGAUUUUAAGCAAUAACAUGAUCUUGAUCGCUUGCUCGGUCAAUGGAAGUUCCUUCAGUAUUACCCUCAAGUUUCAUUGUUAGUGAGGUGCAACGCAACCCAGAUUUAUCCCUUUUCAACAAUGGUGGGAAUUUCCUUAAGGUAGGGGAAUGAAGACUUAGUAGAUUUAUUUUUACUACUCUUACCGUUAUCAGCAGUUAAUGUAAUUUAUCUUUGACUGUGGAAUUUUCCUGCAUAUAAUUGUUAACUAUUCCUAGAAAGAUGGCUAUAGAAAAAAAAAAUUGGUUGCCGGUCAGUAGACUGAAAUGGUGAAUUAAACUUGUAACCCAGUAUUGUUAUGGGACCUCUUCAUUGGAAUUGUUGAAGUUCCACAGAGAGCUGUGCUCAGAGGUGAUAGGAGUUAACCAACCUGAAAUCUGACCCAUUGUGAUCAAAUAGAAUCGAUAACUUGAAAUCUAAAUGACCAAGGGUUGAAAUGAAGUGAUAUUGAAACAAUUCGGGUGUAACCAAUGACUUGACUAGUCCAAUUAUUUGAUACGGAAUGAUUUACUGCUUGAAAUAACUUGAAAUUUAAAGUUAACUGGAAUUAGAUAACAUGGAAAAUACAUAACCCAAAAUACACCCAAAAAUUCAUAACUCUAAAUCUGAAAUUCGAAAUGCACUUACAAUGAAAUUAGACUCCAUAGAGAAAGCUCAAACUUGAGAAGACCCAAAA